AUGACGACGACCACAAAACGUGCUUAUAAGCUACAGGAAUUUGUAGCUCAUUCUUUAAGUGUGAACUGCCUGAAGAUUGGGAGGAAAUCGUCAAGAGUUCUUGUGACUGGAGGAGAAGAUCACAAGGUUAAUCUUUGGGCUAUUGGCAAGCCUAAUGCUAUACUGAGUUUAUCGGGCCACUCCAGUGGAAUUGAUUCAGUUAGCUUUGAUUCUUCGGAGGUUUUGGUAGCUGCUGGAGCAGCAAGUGGUACCAUUAAGCUUUGGGAUCUGGAGGAGGCUAAAAUCAUCCGCACCCUCACUGGCCACCGAUCCAAUUGCAUAUCUUUGGACUUUCAUCCUUUUGGCGAGUUUUUUGCAUCUGGAUCUCUGGAUACGAAUUUGAAAAUAUGGGAUAUACGAAGGAAGGGGUGCAUACAUACUUACAAGGGCCAUACUCGAGGUGUUAAUGCAAUUAGGUUUACUCCUGAUGGCCGGUGGGUUGUAUCUGGUGGAGAGGACAACACUGUGAAGUUAUGGGAUCUAACCGCGGGCAAGCUUUUGCAUGAUUUCAAAUGCCAUGAAGGCCAAAUUCAGUGCAUUGAUUUCCAUCCUCAUGAGUUCUUGUUGGCAACAGGUUCAGCUGACAGGACUGUUAAGUUCUGGGAUCUUGAAACUUUUGAGCUCAUUGGUUCAUCUGGACCUGAGUCCACAGGUGUGCGCUCCAUGACUUUCAACCCUGAUGGAAGAACCUUGCUUUGUGGCUUGCAUGAGAAUUUGAAAGUUUUAUCUUGGGAACCAAUCAGAAGUCAUGAUACAGUGGAUGUGGGGUGGUCUAAAUUGUCCGACAUGAAUGUUCAUGAAGGGAAGCUUCUUGGAUGUUCUUACAAUCAAAGUUGUGUUGGAGUGUGGGUUGUAGACAUAUCGCGUCUUGAACCAUAUGCAAUGCCUAGUACUGCUCGGUUAAAUGGUGAUUUUGAUGCAAAAUCUAAUUCUGGUAGUUCGACAGUGCUGACUGAGGAUAAUGUGAAGUCCAAUUUUGGUAGGCUUUCCAUUUCACAUGAUUCUGAUUCUGUUAAGGAAACUAGAUCUCACAUGAGGCUUUCUGCCCAGCAGAAUUCAGAUCUUAAUAAAGAUUCUAAAUCAGUAGCAUCUACUGUCAGUACUCCGAGUACUCCGCAAAGGUCGAAUCUUAGUGCUGUUUCAAAAGCAAAUCAGACCACUUCAUCAGCAGUUGGUUCAACAAAUCCAAGGCGACAAACUGCAAAGGCUCAGUCAACAGUGAGUGCACCCUUAUUCAACAGAUCUGAUGUAGCACCUGUGGUUGUGCCUAGAAAUAAUCCAAGGGUAGAGCAGGCUGCUGAAUCCAGAAAAGAUGAUGUUCCAGUAAAUACAGUAGCUCUACCUUCGCAGUCUAGAAAAUCUGAGUUUCGCAAAUUUGUAAACUCUAAAGAUGACUCAGAGAGAAGUGCUUCUACCCAGUACGAUAAUGAGCUCCCGAGGGUUAUGGAUUUAAGUUUCUCAGAUAGAAGUUUGGGUAAUUCAGUUAAGAGUUCGCUCAGUGUGGUUGCUGCAUUAGAUAGAAAAACCAGAGAUGAUAAGCCUAUGCUUUCCAGAAAAGUUGACACUAAUGCUACUGUUGAUGCUCCUGCCAGAUUCCAGCAUGAAAGUUAUGAACUCCGAGGGAACAAUAUGAACAUGGAUACAUCUCAUGUAGAAGGUCAAAAAGGAGGUAGAACACAUUCCGUUGUUUCGAACUGGGAACAGAGAGGUAGAAUUUCCUACCGUCCAGGUCUUCCUUCAAGCAAUGUCUCUGGGAAAUUUACUGCUAGAAGCUAUGCUUUAACUGAAGAACAUGAGUCAGUCUCUGCUAGUGAUGAAGAUACGAUUGCAGACAUGAUGGAAAUGCAUGAUGAGUUUAUUGGCUUGAUGAAAUCUCGAUUAGGCAAACUGCAGGUAGUCCUUAGCUUCUGGCAAAGACACGAUGUUAAAGGAGCCCUCAGUGCAAUUGGCAAAAUGGGUGAUCAUAGUGUGCUAGCUGAUGUAAUUACCCUUCUGGCAGAAAAAACUGAUGUGGUCACAUUAGAUAUUUGUUCAUCUCUUCUGCCACUCUUGACUGGACUUCUUGAAAGUGAUAUGGAUAGGCAUAAAGAUAUUGCAUUGGAUAUGCUUCUGAAAGUGGUCAGAGUGUUUGGUUCUGUCAUCUAUUCUUCUUUAUCAGCACCAUCAUCUGUAGGCGUAGAUAUUGAAGCUGAACAAAGGCUGGAACGUUGCAAUCAAUGCUAUGUGGAACUCGAGAAAGUAAAAUGCUGCUUGUCUACUCUUUCUAGACGGGGAGGCACUAUUGCCAAGUCCGCUCAUGAACUGAAUCUCGCCCUUCAGGACGUUUCAUGA